AUGCAGGCCAACGAGUGCCCACUCCGCACGAUCGCAUGUCCUGCCUGUGAGCACGCCAUGCUGGGGCAGGACCUCAAGAAGCACAAGCGAAGCGCGUGUUCCAAGCGCCUCGUCGAGUGCAAGCUCUACGGUGGCUGCGGCGAGAUCCACACGUUUGAAGACACGGCUUUUCACACCGAGAGUCUGUGCAUUCGCCGCAAACGACCGUGCCAUUGGGCCAGUCAUGGCUGUGACGCGGUGCUCGGGCCGCCCGAGGCGCGUCACAUUCACGAAGACACGACGUGUCCCUUUCGCAUCGUGUCGUGUCGAAACCACUGCGGCGUGUCCAACCUCAUUGCCACAUUCCUCGAUGAGCACUUGGCGUGGGACUGCCCGAAAGAAAUCAAGUUGUGUCCGCUAGGGUGCGGCGCGCGCAUGGAAGCGCAGUACAUCUACGGUCAUUACGAGCCCCACUGCGGCGACUGCCCCAAACGUGUGACCCGGUGCCCAUAUGAUCUGUGCGGCAAGAAAAUGUGCUUCUUUGGCGACACACGCUGGGACGCAGAAGAAACGACGUGCACACGGUCUGACAUGGCGCCAUCGGGCGUUGAUGUGACGCGCAACGGCGUUCUCACUCGCCUCCAGCACCUCGCCACUUACCUCGACGAGAAGGUGUCGUCGUUUGCGCUAGUGCGGGCGCAAGCGUACCUCCGCACGUGGCUCGAGGCGCGUCAAGCGUCGCUUCUCGAGGCCUACCACGCCCGGGACUUGGACCGUAUCGAGCUCGGUAUGGUGGUCAAGUACGACCCCGAGACCACGCAGCACUAUGUGAGCUUUCGAGGCCGUGUCGUCUGGGUCAACCUCAAUUAUGUCUACCAUGCACUCGACCCAGCCGUCUUGGCCACCGACUGGGUCUGUCCGUCCAUGGCGGCGAGUGCGCGGCUUGACCACGUGGCGAGUGUGUGCCCACUGCAAAGCGUCGCUUGUCCCAACGAGUGCGGUCAGCGCUGUCCCAAGUUCCAGCUUGAACACCAUUUGAAAGAGCGGUGUUCGAAGCGCAUUCUCGUGUGUCGUCUCGGCUGCCACAAAGCCUUGACAAUGGAAGCGCUGCUAGAGCACGAAGAGUCCGAGUGCCCCAAGAGCCAGCGGUUUUGCCCGCACUGUCACGAGCCAUGCUUGCUCGAGGCCAUCGAAAGCCACGUGCGCAUGACGUGCUUGCAGUUUCCGCGCAGCUGUCGGCUCACGUGUGGAGCACAAGUUCCUCGGGCGUCCUUUGACCAACACGAGGCCACAGUCUGUCCCAAACGUCUCGUGCCCUGUCCUCGCUGCCAGGCGCAUGUGUUUGCAUGCGACCUUGCGUCGCACGACAGCAAUGAGUGUCCGCAACGACCAUUUGGUGUGUGCGAACUCGGUUGCGGCAUGCAUCUGUGCGUCAACCAAGUUCAAAGUCACGUCCUCCAAGAUUGCCCCCACCGCGCGGUGAUUUGUCCUCAGUGCGCGACAACCAUCCAGUUUUUAGUCUUUGACCACCAUGUGAAAUUCGACUGCGCGCAGCGGGAACUGUACUGUCACAAGGGAUGCGGCACACGGAUACGCGAGUGCGAUGUGGCCAAGCACGAUCUGGACGACUGCAUGCAUCGUCCGACGUACUGUCCACUGCACUGCGGCAUCGAACUCGCCAUGUCCCAGCUGCCGCGGCACAUGCAAGCCGACUGUGUGCGGCGUCUUGUGUCGUGCCCGAAUCGAUGCGGCGCCAAAGUGCCAGCAAUUCAGCUCCCUGGCCAUCUUCGAAGCUGCGACCACCACAAGGUACCGUGUGGCGCGGGUAGCGUCGCGUGUACGCGGCCGCUAAAAGCGUGGAUCGUGCGCGAGCGGCUUGUGCCGUGCUUCAAGCACCGGCUGCAUGGCUUCAUGUGGGCGCUCAAAUGCGGCGACAUGGAUGUCGUGCUUGGUUUUCUCAGCAAGAUUGCCCUCGACGAAGUCGAUGCAGAGUUUGAGACGGGGUACACGCCGCUCGUGCUUGCGUGUGCCAAAGGCGAUGUGCUCCUCAUGCGUGCCCUCUUGGAGCACGGCGCCGACGUCAACAAAGAGUCGUCUCGGGGCCGAACGCCGCUCGGCGAAGCGAUUUUGAACAAACAAGCCCACCUGAUCCCACUCCUUCUCGAGUACCGUGCGAUCGUGUCCCAUGUAAACCGGCACGGUCUCUCGACACUCUCGAUUGCCGAGCAAAUGGGCGACGCGACGAUUCUCGAUGUGCUUGCCAAACGGGAGAAGCUGGAACAGGAGCAACGGCGGCUCUUUGUUGCGAUUGGCGCGUCCGACUAUGACACUAUGGAAGAGCUUGUUGCUGGCGGGGAAAUGACGUAUCGCGACAGCCACGGGUGGCACUUGGCACGGGAGCUCGAAGAGAGUCGGGCAAACCUCGCUCGCGCCCGCACCGACUUGAUCGAGCACAUUGAGAUCAUGAACGCGACGAUUGCCGAUACAGAAGCCAAGCAAAUGCGCGUCGUGCGUCUCCUCGACUCGAUGGAGUACAACAAGGGUCAGCUCGCCCAAGUACAAACCAAGGAAACCAAACUCGAGGCUGUUCGCGUGCACACAGAAACGACCGUCCGGGACAUUGUCCGCAAGAUCACGGCGCAGGACAUCAUCAACAUCAUCAGCCGACCCAACCCCCCGGAGGACCUCGUGGUCGUUCUCAAAGCCAUGGCGCUCUUCCAGGGCAUUCUGCCAAAACCCAAGCGCCUCAACGAGACAGGUGCGUUCUCGACGCACGAGUGGUGGGAGACGGCGCAAGCCAUGCUCAUGGACCGCGGCUUUCUGCGGCGUCUCCUCGAUAUCCACGAGCUCGCGAUCGAGCCCGACGUGCUCUUCAAGGUUCGGCGUGAGUGCUUGAAGCAUGACGCGUUUCGUGAGAUUGGGGCCGCGGAAUUGGUGGUGCCCGAGGUGCUCGACGCGGCGCCGGUUAUACAUAAGCAGCGCCACGGCCGCCGCAAUGCGAUCACCAAUUCGACUGUCGACGCACUUGGCACGUGGGUCAAAGGCGUCGAGAUGAAUCAAAAGGCCCGCGCCGAAGCCAAGGUGCUCAAAGAACGACGCGAAAGCGUCCUCGCUGAAAUUCAUCAGCUCGAUAUCGACUUGGCGACUGCCACGUUUGACAUGAAGACGGCGCACCGGUGCUUGCCGUCGCGCCAAGAGGAGCUGGACCGCGUUGUCGUUAUUGAGCAGCGCGCGGCGGCCGAGUUUCAUCUCAAGACGCGUCGCGUCCUCGUGUGUGAGCUCUUGGCAUUUACGAGCUUGAAUGGACACACGCCACUAAGCUACGCGGCGGCCAUUGGGAAUGAGCGUGCCGUCCGGAUACUUUUGAGUCGCGGCGCCAACGGCGGGCACUCAGACACGGAGCGGUCUCUGGCGGCCAAGCUGCUCCAAACUACAGUGCGUUUUCACGUGCAGCAAGCCAAGUACGUCGGAACCAACGAUGCCGAAGCCUUUCGCAUCGUACGGUACAUGGCCAUGCGCCCGAUCUAUAAGGCACUUCGACGCUGCCGGCAAACCCAGCGCGUGCCGCUGCACGAAGCCGCAUACAACGGACACACGGACAUGCUGCCGCUGCUCGUUGAUGUCGGCCACGCACCCGUGUGGCAGCCUACGUACGUUGAGCCCACGGCCAUGAUGCCAGGCCAAAUCGAGUUUGGCCAACCCCGCCGCAAGGACUUUGGUCUGCACGCGUGGCAAGUGGUGCUGCCGCCAUCGCGCCUGACGCUGGAUGAUUCGUGUCGCUUGGGGCAAUCCCGCUUCCCCUAUAUGCCGUACCGCGACGGGCGUGGCUGGGACCGGAUCGGGUCCAUCUAUGACGCGACGGUAAACGAAGUGGCGACAAUUGUCGUUGCAAGCAGCAAGCACCAAAACGCAACGCGACUCGAGCAACUGAAUCGCAAGACGAUCUUGCGCAAGACACGGCACAUGCGCCACAUGCACGACCAGCUCGAGGCCGCCAUUGCGGCCAAAGACUAUGUUGCCGCCAGUGGUCUCUUGGACGCUGGUGCCUUUCCAGACCACGCGACGCCCGCUGGCAUGACGCUUCUCAUGCAGGCAGCCAGUGAAGAACGUUUCAUUACCAAUAUUGACGGCGUCUGCGUCCUCAUGGUCGAAUACCUUUUGGACCGCAAGAUGGGUCGGCCGUCGCCCAACUUUAUCAGCACAUCGCUCGAUGGCGCCUUUAGUCACACGGCGCUCUCCGUCGCAGCGCACUACGGCACAACCAUGUGCGGCCGCAUGCUCGUGGACCGUGGCGCCGAUGUCAACGUUCAAGACCCGCGAUUUGGCCAGACCGCGCUCAUGCACGCGGCGCAAAACAAUAAGGAAGAUUUCGUGCGCUUCUUGCUCGAGCAUAAGGCCAACGUGCAUCUCAAAGACGUGCACGGCCGAUCCGCGUUUACCUUUGCAACCGAACGGCGCAACGAAACCGUGCUGGGACUCCUCUCGGAAGCCGCGGCUGACAUGCAACAGACCCUCGAGAUCUUCAAUCGGUUGGCAGCAUACGGUAUCUGUCGGUGGGGCUGCGGCUUUGUCAAAUUGCGCACGGCACCCGUCGUCGAGGCCGGCCAAGGUCUCGUUGUCGCCAUGCGAAACCCACUUCAAGAACACGAGCUGCACACCUGCCCCAAACGCAUCGUGACCUGUCCGCUCGGCUGCGACCAGCCUGACCUGUGGAGCGAAGAGGUGCCCGACCACGUAGUACGCCAGUGCCCGCAUCGGCCGCUACCCUGUACCCACCCCAAGUGCGGCUUGACGGUCGCUGCGAGUAGAUUGCGCCAACACAUGCAACACGACUGCAUCCAUCGCACGGUCGCUUGUCCGCUCUGUGGCGAAGGCAGCCUCGCGCACAAGUUAGACGCCCAUACAAAGUCUUGUCGUCUACGCUUGGUGCCGUGCCCGCUUUGCGCAAUGGAACUCCGGGCCCUCGACGUGAGCAAUCAUGUAAAAUUCGAGUGCGACUGCCGUGACGUGCGCUGUCGCCUCGGUUGCGGCUUUGUGCGGCUUUGCGACCGCUCGGUCCACGAGUCCGAUGCCUGUGUCAAGCGCGCGAUCGCAUGUGUGUUUGCGUGCGUCGACGGCACGACACCCGAGACGCAAGCCGACCACGAACAACUCUGCGAUCAUCGCCCGAUGGUGUGUCCCAAUCGCUGCGGCCAUACUGUCCGCGCUAUCGACGUCGACACCCACCUCUGCGAGUGUCGCUACCGGUUCGUGCCAUGUACACUUGGCUGCGGACGGCGCGUCCGAGCGUGCGACAUGGCAGAGCACGUCAGUAGUCUCUGCACCAAGCGUCCCGUGCCAUGUGAGUGGUGUGGAACACAAGACAUUGUCGCGACUCUCUUGGAGCUCCACCAGCGCACCGAGUGCCCGCAUCGCAUCCAGGCGUGUGGUGUAUGUGGCGACGGCGGGAUCCUCGCGCUUGAUAUGACGACGCACAAGACGGCCGAGUGCCGCAUGCGGCCGGUCGAGUGUGUCUUUCGCCGCGACGGCUGCAUGAAGACGCCGCUGCUGGCCCAUGAAAAGACGCAGCACGAGACGUUCGAAUGCAAGUACCGCACCAUCUGGUGCCCCCUGGGCUGCAACGAGCACCUCGUCGCGCGCCACCUCAAGGCGCACGAAGCCAUCUGCCCGAUGCGGUUCGUGGUAUGCACCUUGGGCUGCGGCGCCGAGCUGCGUGAAAAGGAUCGGUUUGAGCACGAGGUGUAUGCGUGUAUCUACAACAACAAGAAGUGAGCAUUUCGUUUAUCGCAGUUUAUAAGUUUCUAAAGAUCACUAGUCGAACCGACGACAGGAAUACAAUGCCAAUCGCACCAUUGCGAG